AUGGCGGCCCUCGCGGCCCUCGGAGCGGCUGACGGUGGCCAUGUCCUCUCGAACGCUGGCGUCACCGAGGGCGACUUCAUCGCUGUCAGGUACCAGGCCCGCGGGGCCCCACUGAGGCAUGAGCGCCUGGUUCUGCUGCUCCUGCCGAACCACUCGUUCACUGGCGUCACGCCGGACGGGGACUGCUAUGAGAAGGACCUGAUCGCAUGUGCCCGCGGGAGCACAGCUACGGGGCGUGAAAACGACCACAGCCAUUGCUUUGCCGCCUUGCAGCCCGCAGAAACAAAGCAGUGGUUGUGGUCAUUUUCGUUGAUGGUUGUGGUCAUUUUCCCGUCCCGCAACAGCCAGUUCCAUCAGAUGUUCGCACAGGCCGCUGCCGCCCUGGAGUUCAGGAUGGCGCCCUACCCGGGGGCGCCGCAGCGGGAUCUCCGUCGACCGCGCUCCCAUCGGGGGCGCGGCCUCGACGAGCGCACGAAGCGGGGCCGGUGGCAGGCGGCCAAGGGCGCGACGAGGCGCGAGAAAAAACGGGCCGCGGGCCGACGGCGUCGCGAGCGGGCGCGCGCCCUCGAUUGCGAGCGCCUGCUCGAGGAGCGCCUCGUGCGUGGACGCUCCCUGCUUGGCAUCGCUCGGACGUGUGCAUUUUUCCUUCGGCGAGGACCAUCGAGGAGUGAGGGGCGGCCCCGCUGGAGAUCC